GUGCCUCUCUCAUCGGCUCUCAUCGACUCGACUCGUCCUGUGGCCGGAGCCCGUGCUUUUCAUCAUUCGAGUCAUGGAGGCCUGCGCGCGCUCGGCUCUGCUGUGCCCGUGCCUGUCGCGAUGGCUGCCCUCGUUCGCGCGAUCCAGCGCCUCGCGCUUCUCUCGUUGCCAGCGGAACGAACUCUAUUCAUCGUCGUCGUCGUCGUCGUCUUCUUCUUCUUCUUCUUCCGACUCGAGAAUCGGUUUGGUGGCAGCGGCGGCGAGGAGUAGGGAAUUCUGGAGCUCGCGGUCGGGAUUGGAAUCGGGAUCGAAAUCGGGGUUGGGAUUGGGAUUGGGGGAAAUUGAUCGGUACGAGGGGAGGAGGAGGGCAGUGCAAGUCGGACGACUGCGAAUUAGCACUCUCAGUGCACUGAGCGGGCGGCCUGAAGAUGGCGGAGGCACGAGCAGCGGACGGGCGCUCGAUAGAAAUCUGGAAGAAGGUUGCGUGCAAGCCGUGGACCAAGUGGCGACGGGCCUGGUGUCGCACACGGUCGAGGAGCCCGCGGUGGCCGAGCUUCCACAGGGCGAGGACGAGGCUGAGGCCGGGGCUGCUGCCAUCGCUCGAGAAGGAGCUCCAUCGCGAGGAGCUCGAGCGCAGACGAAGCGCACUUGCUACUACUUCUCGCAAGGGCUCUGCACGCUGAUGGAGGACGAGCUGCACCUGUCGAGGUUCAGCCACGAGCUGCCGGACAUGGCCGUCCGGGCCGACGAUCUGGCCAAAGUGAAGCCGCAGCCGUUCGACUUCUUCCUCGUGCUGGAUCUCGAAGGGAUGGUGGAGAUUCUGGAGUUCCCCGUGCUCCUGGUCGACGCCAAAACCCUUCAAGUUGUCGAUCGCUUCCACCGAUUCGUCCGCCCUGCGAAGAUGAGCGAGGAGCGGAUCGAGGACUACAUCCGCAACAAAUACGGCAAAUGGGGCCUCGAGAGAGUGUGGCACGACACAGCGAUUCCCUUCACGGAAGUGCUGCCCAAGUUCGAAGGCUGGAUGCGAAGCCACGGGCUCUACGAGCCGGAGACGCCUUCGAAGUUGAGCACUGCGGCUUUUGUCACCUGUGGGAACUGGGACGUGAAGACCAAGAUACCGGAGCAAUGCGUUACGUCGGGGAUUGAUCUGCCUCCUUACUUCAACGAGUGGAUCAAUCUGAAAGACAUCUACUUCAACUUCUACAAAUUCAGGGCCGGAGGAAUGCUGGCCAUGAUGAAAGGCCUGAAGAUGCCCAUGGAGGGUACGCAUCACGUAGGCUUGGACGAUGCGCACAAUAUCGCCCGGGUGUUGCAACGCAUGCUGGCGCACGGCGCCAUUAUUCAGAUUACCGCCAAGCGCAAAGCUGAUGACCCGAAAGCUGUAAAAUUCACUUUCCGGUUCAGAAUAAAGUAAUCUAUUCACACCUGUGCAAAAUGUCUCCCGCUUCGCCGUAUUCGGUCG